CAAAAAAAAAUGGCGGCGUCCACGUCCAAUGUGCAAAGUGUUACAGGACUGUUAAAAGACAGUUUAUCUGAAUUGGGAUUUGAAAUCUAUCCUCUGAAGGUCGGUUGGUAUAACUCUGUGCUGCCUCCCACCCUGCGUCUGGCCCACCAUGAUGACACCCUGGCCGUGUUGGUGCUCAGCACCCCUGCGAUGUUCGAACAAGCCUUCCUGCCCUUCAUGGAGGCGAGGGGCUGCCAGGGGCUGUCGGACCCCAUCGACCAGUGUGUCAAACAAUGUGUCUCCUCUGCUGUCUCCAAGUGUUUCCCAGGACAGGAGGUGGAUGUGAGGUAUGACUACGAGAUGCUGCCCAGCAGGAAGCCAAAGUUUCUGGCUCAGACUGCUGCUCACGUCUCUGGAGCGGCUUUCUACUUCCAACAGUCCGACGUCAGCGACCAACCCUGGGCUGAAAAAAAGAUGUUCGGAGUGUGUGUUCACCCGAGGUUCGGGGGCUGGUUUGCCAUCAGAGCCCUGCUGGUGUUCGGGGGGGUGACGGUGGGCUCUGAGAUGGAGCAGCCGGUUCCUCCUGACUGCCUGCCGUCCAGAGAGGACAGGAUAAAGCUGCUGGAGGCUUUCAACUUCCACUGGCAGGACUGGACAUACAGAGACAUCGUUCCUCCGGUCCAGAUCUACUCUCAGAAACAGAAGGACUACUUUUCCACUCCUCCUGCUCAGCGGUUCGCUCUGCUCAAGACUUGGGGCUUCCUGCAGACAGAAAGCGAUGAACCCGAUCCGACCUCUGACUCACAGAACCAGGUGACCGGACACAGCUGAAACAUCUGCAGGAGGAAGAAUCACAGACCUCCACUGAGGAGCUUUAAUUGAAGCUUCUUUUAACUUUUCAGGGACUUGAACUUGAACUUUUACUGCUUUCUGGCCUCUAUAUGAUGUGAUCCAUAAUCUGUUUACACUACAUGCGUUCACACUACGGAGUAAAGCAGCUCCUCUCAUGGAAACCAGAUCGUACUCAAAUGUAUGUACGUAUGCUUGAAAAUGAAUGCUGCUGUUGCAAACCAAAUGACUUAGAAGAACGCACCUUGUAUACUUGUUGAUUGUCACACUGUAACGAUCAAACUUCAGAGGGUUACCUAGCAACUGUGACUUUAACUUUGGACGUUGUGUCAUUUGACACGAUAUCAACAAACACCCUUUAUCACCACCAGACUGCCUUUCAUUUGUAUCUUUAUGUUCUGGUACUUGAUUGCAAAAAGAACAGACGCUCUUUUUGUUUUGCUUUUUUUUACUCAUUUCUAAAAUAUAUAUAUUUUUUAUUUUAGAGUGAAGCCAUAAAAAUAAAC